UUUCCUCCGCUAGGGCUUGGUGUGUGCCUUGCCUAGUUUCACUUGAUACUCUUCAGGAAUUAUGUAGAAAAGAAAAGCUCACAUGUAAAUCGAUUGGAAUCACCAAAAGGAAUCUAAACAAUUAUGAGGUGGAAUACUUGUGUGACUACAAGGUAGUAAAGGAUAUGGAAUAUUAUCUUGUAAAAUGGAAAGGAUGGCCAGAUUCUACAAAUACUUGGGAACCUUUGCAAAAUCUCAAGUGCCCAUUACUACUCCAGCAGUUCUCUAAUGACAAGCAUAAUUAUUUAUCUCAGGUAAAGAAAGGCAAAGCAAUAACUCUAAAAGAAAAUCACAGAGCCCUGAAACCUGCUGUUGCUGAAUACAUUGUGAAGCAGGCUAAACAAAGGAUAGCCCUGCAGAGAUGGCAGGAUGAACUCAACAGAAGGAAGACUCACAAAGGAAUGAUUUUUGUUGAAAAUACUGUGGACUUAGAGGGGCCCCCUUCAGACUUCUACUACAUUAAUGAAUACAAACCAGCUCCUGGAAUCAGCUUAGUAAAUGAAGCUACCUUUGGUUGUUCAUGCAGAGAUUGCUUCUUUGAAAAAUGUUGUCCUGCUGAAGCUGGAGUUCUUUUGGCUUAUAACAAAAAUCAACAAAUUAAAAUCCCACCUGGUGCCCCCAUUUACGAGUGCAACUCAAGGUGUCAAUGUGGACCCGACUGUCCCAACAGGAUCGUACAGAAAGGUACACAGUAUUCACUUUGCAUCUUUCGAACUAGCAAUGGCUGUGGCUGGGGUGUAAAAACCCUUGUGAAGAUUAAAAGAAUGAGUUUUGUCAUGGAAUAUGUUGGAGAGGUAAUCACCAGUGAGGAAGCUGAGAGACGUGGGCAGUUAUAUGACAACAAAGGAAUCACAUAUCUCUUUGAUCUGGACUAUGAAUCUGAUGAAUUCACAGUGGAUGCAGCUCGAUACGGAAAUGUGUCUCAUUUUGUGAAUCACAGUUGUAACCCAAACCUUCAGGUGUUCAAUGUUUUCAUUGAUAACCUCGAUACCCGUCUUCCCCGAAUAGCAUUAUUUUCCACGAGAACUAUCAAUGCUGGAGAAGAGCUCACUUUUGAUUAUCAAAUGAAAGGUUCUGGAGAUGUAUCUUCAGAUUCUAUUGACCACAGCCCAGCCAAAAAGAGAGCCAGAACUGUGUGCAAAUGUGGAUCUGUGACCUGCAGAGGUUACCUCAACUGA